AUGCCAAAAAAGUUCGGUGAUAAUACAAAAGCUGUUGAAGCUCGUGAGAAGAAAAAUGCCGCUAAACAAGUAGUUGAGAGUGAAAAACAACGAAAGUUAGAAGAUGAAUAUUGGAAAGAUGAUGAUAAAAAUGUACAAAAAAAAUUACAACGAAAAGAUGAGAAAGAAAAGAAAUUAUUAGAAAAAACUCAACGUAAACAAGAAAUACAACAAAUGCUUGAACAAGAAGAAACGACUUUAACAUCAUCUAAGCCUAAAUCCAACAAAGUUGACAAACCAAUAAAAGUCACACAAGCACAAAUCGAUAAUCACACUCGAGAACAAGCAACGUCGAUAGGUCCUAUCACUCCAAAACAGAUGACACAUCUAGAAAUGCCAUUAGAAGAAAACAUAAAUCGUUUGAAAAUUGAAGGUGACACAGCAAGAAACGUUGAUGAAGCAAUUGCCGUGUUACAUUCUUCACCACAAUCUCUAGUUGAUAGUCAUCCUGAAAAACGCAUGCGCUCGGCUUAUCAAUCAUAUGAAGAACAACAAUUAGUUAAAUUGAAACAAGAACAUCCUACUUUGCGUCUGUCUCAAUUAAAACAAAUAAUUAAACGAGAGUGGAUGAAAGCACCAGAAAAUCCCUUUAAUAAACCAACAAAGGCUUACAACGACGAUAGAAGUCUGUCUGCACAAAAAGAAGAAAGUGAUGAAGAAGAAGAGAGUGAUAAUGAAAAUCAUUAA